GUACAAGUUUUUACUUAUUGCUUGUUUUAUAUUUUCGCUUCCGAUUUCAUUAUUGUUUAUCAAAAAAUUCGUUAAUGUAGUGAUAAGUCAUCCGGGCUUGUCUUUGUCGCGUGCUCUUUGAUGCGCGGAGGAGUCGAGGUGGUAAUGUUAAUGGUCACACAUCAAUAGGCCGACCUCGGCUAGCGUAGCCUAACUUAAACCAAGAAAAAAAGGUUUCAUUCGCGCGGAACAAUCGUACUUCAAUUUUGUACCAAGACGCUGAUAGUUAUAGCUGUUUUAAUCAAGAAUUUGUUUAUUAUUAACUACAUUUUUGGUCUACAGUUCGAAUACAGAACACGGGGUCAGUUCGAUUCCCGGGAUCCACUACGACGGUGGAUUGAGAUCGGCUAGUUAUUAAUUUCGGCCGUAAGUUUACAGAAUCUGUCUGAACGCGGAUCCACGCGAGCGAAACAAACAAGUGGUUAAGACAAAUAUAUCACCCAUAAACCAGAACCUUUUAAACUGUGAUUUCUAACUCUUCUACCAAUCGAUUUAAGGGCCCUUUUCACCAAGCUCUGUAAAAACUCAGUUACACGUAACCUAAGUUUAAAGUAACCUAAGUUUAAAGACUCGUGUGGAUCUGGGUAAUCUGAGUUUACGUCAAACCGAUUUCUCCGACACCAUCCCACCAAAACUAGUUUACAACGAGAGAGUUACGAGAGCGUUUGGUUUCUACAACAUGCAUCAGGGAAUUAAGCGACCUGCUGCGGUUUGCGUAUAUAAACAGUCAUUUGCUGAUGUAAAAAAAAAAAAAUAAUGUAUUAAAAUAUUAUUUUAAAUUAAGAUUAUAUUAUAUCUUAUUAUUUUAAAUUAAUAUUAUUAAAAUAUAUACAUAUAUUUUUACUUGUAACAACGGGACGAAUUUUGAUACAUUCACACUUCACAGUGUUACAAGCUCAGAAUGAAAUCGCAUAUGAAACGGGGAACAUAAUACAAACAUGAUUUGAAAAAAAAAACAUUAUCCAAUAUAAAGCAAUUGUUAUAUAGUAUACUACUUAAUUCCUAUAAUAAGCACGUCUUAUUUAAAAAAGCAAUGAAUAAUGCAUUUAAAUAAUGAAAAAUUAAUAUUUUUGUUCUAACUUUUAUUCAUACAAUGGCAACUUUGUUUUUAUUCCCCGAUGUAGAAAAUUUCAAAUCAUUCGUAAACUUUGUGUUUGACGAGUGCCCAUCUUUCUUUUUCUGUGUGAUUUCUGUGACCCUGCUUUUCUUUUUCGGACUAUUGUGUGAUAACUUUUACGACGACCUUUGCCUACUAUACUACGCCAUGUCUAACAGAACCGAAAAUUUGAAGCGGAAGAGAGAUCCAACCUUUGUCGCAAGUGAAAAAAUGGCGUUAGUGGAUCUGGUGGAGAAACACUUUGCUAUUGUAGAGUGUAAAAAAACCGAUGCCACAACAAUACGCAGCAAAAAUCAGGAGUGGCAAAAAAUUGCAGAAGAAUUUAAUUCUGUUUCGUCAGUCCAUCCAAGAGAAUGGAUUGUUUUGAAAAACUGCUGGGAAAACUUAAAGAAGAGAGCCAAAAGUGAGCAGACAGCACGUAACCAACAUUAUUUGGGAACAGGAGGAGGUCCACCCAGGAAAUUGACUGUAGAUCCAGCAAUCGAUCGAGUUCUAGAUCUUAUCCAGACUAGAGUGUCUGGAUUUGUUAAUGUGUAUGACUCCGAUGGCACUCAUAUUUUAGCAUCCGGUAACAAUCCAAGCACAUCAGUGGCCGACCAGGCACCUCAAAAUGAUAUAUUAUUAUAUUCAAAUGAUGCCAGUGCUACUCCUGUACUUGAUGUACAGGACUCCACGGAGGCCGCUGUAGUUACUGAGACAGCUGCUGCUACAUUUGAAGUUGACUGGUCUCAGUACACUCCAGCAAUGUUGAGAGCACCAGUUACCACAGCACUUGUUGCCUCAAGGAGUCCAUCACCUGAGGCAACUGGCAGUAGAGUGGAACCUCCACCACACAAAAGAACAACUAUCACUCCACCUAGAGUUAUAUCCACUGAACGUCCUAUAGCGACGGCAAGUCGCAGAAGGCCAAUUUUAAGGCGUGAAAGCCUUAACGCGCAACGCAUCAACACAUUACUAAAUUGUAAUAAAAAUGCUGAUGAAGAACAUGCCGCAAAUAUGGCAAUUUUGCGGCUUCAAGAGCAGAGGGAGGAAGAAAUGCUGGUUCAAGAAAAAUUAAAAACGGAACAAGAAAAAAUAAAACUAGAAAUUUUGAAAAUACAAUUAAAAAAAUUACAAGAUUAUUUAUAAGUAGUUUUUAU